CUCUCCAUCAGAGUACUAUCUUCAUCAUUCUUCCGAGUCCCUCCCCAAAUGGAGCAGUGAGAGUCCACACUUCUCACUCAGCUGUCCUCCACCGUACCAUGUGGCCCUCCUCCGCCGUCGGCCUCUGGGGGCUGUUCGUGAUCGUGGUUCUGGCGACUGCGUCCUCCGCCGCACCAAUCAUCGGUCUAGACUCUUUCCUGAGCCAGCAAUCCCGCAGCGACCCUCAGGCUUCUAACGACUCCUUCCUCUCCCUGCCCUCCUCCAUAAAAGGCCCUCUCUCCCUCCUCUCCGACAUCUCCUCCUCCUCCCUCCUCUCCCUCUCCCUCCCCAUCUCCCUCUCCCUCCACCUCCUCGGCGACUUCCCCCCCGACGCCCACUCCCUCCUCUCCGACUUCCUCUCCGCCGCCGCCCCCACCGCCUUCCAAGUCAUCACCCCCUUCGACUCCCACCCCCUCUCCCACUCCCUCUCCCUCUCCCACACCCUCCACCUCCAAAUAACCCCCUCCCGAUCCCUCUCCUCCCUCUCCUCUCUCCUCACCCAAACCCUAACCUCAAGCAUUCGCUCCACCACUUCCUCUCUCCGUUCCCCUCUCCUCACCAUCCCCCACUCCACCAUCGAUCAAAUCAUCCAAGACCACUUCCGCAAACAAAACCCCAACCCUAACCCUAACCAAGUCCACCUCUACCUCCUCAACCUCCCUCCCCUCUCCGAUCCCAAACCCUACGCCUACACCUACUCCCCCGGAGAAUCCUCCCCCGCCUUCACCAAAUGCUCCGGCACCUUCUUCACAUCCGGAGAUCGCUACUUCUGGAUCGACCUCCGCGCCGGUCCGGUCGACUACGGCCCCGCAAUCUCCGGUGACGGCGUCAUCCCCCGCGGCGAGUUUCACCCCCUCGCUGCCGUCCACGGCCGUCCCAAAUCCAGCAAGGCCUUCGCCGCCGACCUUGCCUCCCUCAUCUGGAGCGCCUACAAUGUCUUCCUCGCUCCCUCCCUCCGGAUACCUGUUCCGUUCGAGAAUUCCCUCACCGUCCAGUUCAUCCACAUCCACAGCGAUUUCGAGAGCACGGGUGGCUCCGGCCUCGAUUGGAAAUUGAUCGAGAAUAGCUUUAGGUUUGACACUGAUAACAGCAAUAAUGGAUUGCUGUUAGGAGAUCAGAGGUUGAGUUUUAAGAAUUACGGAAUUAGGUUUUCGGAGUGUUCGAUUUGCUCGUUUGCUAUUGCGAGGUCGAUUAAUUCGUACACCUCUAGGUUUUUGUUUGAUAAUUAUACUUUGAUUGUGAGUGAGUAUUUGGAUUCGAAACGGUUGCACCAGAUUUUGUCUGAUUCUGGUGACGAGUUGAGGAAGCUGGCGGGCGUGCCGGAGGAGGAUUUUGGUAGGGUUGUGCCUGUGUAUGUUUUUGACUUGGAUUACACUUCGUUGUUGCUGCUCGACCGGUAUCACCAGUCGGUGGCGUUUAAGGACAUGGUGAUUGCGGUUAGGACGAAGAACACGCAGACUGUGAGUGAUUACAGUUGCAAUGGAAGGCAUGUGUUCACGCAGACCAGGGAGCUUGAGCGCCCGAUUGUUGGGUCGAUUCUGCAGAGCAUGUGGGGGGUGUCGCCGACGCAUUUGAAUUGGAGCCCCCAGCAUAACGAGACUCUGGUGGAUUAUACAUGGAGUAUGGGGCAGACGCCUUUCGGGCCGUUUUCUGAGAUGUUGAGUUUGUCCUUUGUUCAGAAGGAUGCUGCCAGGAGGAAUGUUCUGUUGACCUCGCUGAAUUACAGCAUAACCAGUGCGAUUGAUGUUCUUCAGAGCAUCGAGACUCAUGGUGGGGCAAAGAAUCUGCUGAAGCAGAAGCAGCAUGUGGAGUUUGUCCAGAGGUGGAACUUCUUCAAGUACAAGCUGAACAAGGCUGUUUCUGCGAUGUCGCAUUUGGAUUUUGAGAAGGCUCUGUUUUUCUUGAGGUCUUCUGAUCAUGAUCUCUAUGCCAUUCAUUCCAUCGUCUAUCAUGCCUCGCAGGAAAUAGAGGCCUCCCUUGUCUGCUUCGACGAUCCUCCCUUUCCCUGGGGUUCCGUGUCAGUUUCUGCCUCCGCUUUCCUUGCUCUCUCUUAUGUUUAUGCAAGACGGGACAAACUUUUCAGGAACAAAAGGAAGCAAUUUUGAUGCUCUGACUAGAGGAGGACAGAACGGAAGUUUGUAUGAUUUUAAGAAAACACAAAAAACAGAACAUGUAUUCAUUGUACAAGAGAGGUAUGCUGAUGGUUUAAGUAUUUAGAUUCUUAAACUAUUUACUCCAGUUAAACCAUACAUACGUUUUCCUACGUUUUACGUGCUGUGAUCGGUAUUGUUUUCUUGAGUUUA